AAAGAUAUAUAUAUAUAUAUAUAUAUAAACUGUCACUAAGUAGGGAAGGAAAAAGGGGCAAGAUCGCCGGAGCAAGUAGCCAACAAGGAGGGAGAUUUUGCCAGUGUUUAUAGCUAGUCCAAACGGAGAAAUAGCAAGCGAAUCUAUAGGGGACAGCGGGAUUCAGAAUUGUAACAGAACUAAAAAAAAAAAGAUGCAAUAGAAGCUUGCUAAAGAGAUUUGGGAGCUAGCCAAGCAGCUAGGAGCAAUGGCAGAGUGUGAUGAGGAGGUUAUUCACAGAAUUGAUGAAAUGGAGAAAAGAGAUAGCCAAGCCAAAGCAGACAUAGAGAAGAAGGAAGCAAGAGCUGUUCAAGAAACCAAAUUGGAGGUUGUAGACAGGAAGUUGUGUAGGAGGGUGUGGGGGACGGAGGAUUUUGACUGGAUAGCCAAGCCAUCUAUUGGACUAUCGGGCGGAUUGCUGUGUGUGUGGAACAAUAAAACAUUUAAAAAGGAAGAGGUGAUAGAGGGGGACCAUUUCAUUGGGGUGUUUGGGACAUGGGGGGAAGAGGGUGUACCGGUUUAUAUUUUAAACAUUUAUUCUCCAUGUGAAUUGUCUGGAAAGAGAGCCCUUUGGGAGGAGUUGCAGAAUCUGAUCUCAAAUAGGAAAGGCAACUGGUGUCUAGGGGGGGACUUUAACGCUGUCCGGAGCACAGAGGAGUGGGCAGGGUGCAAUGGGAUGUCUAGAGAAAUGAAAGAAUUCGACAAUUUCAUCAACAAAUCUGGGUUGGUUGAUUUGCCUUUGGUAGGGAGGAAAUACACCUGGUACAAUUCUAAUGGCCAAUAUAUGAGCAGGAUUGACAGAUUCUUGGUUUCAGAGGAUUGGCUUUUGAGAUGGUGCGAUGUAAAACAGUGGGGGUUGAAAAGAACAGUUUCAGACCAUUGUCCCGUUUUAUUGAAGAAUGAGCGGGUAGAUUGGGGACCAAAGCCUUUCAAAUUUUUUGAUGCUUGGCUGCAGUAUCCUGGGUGCAAGGAGCUGAUUAGAAAAACAUGGAACUCUACGGCAGUGGAGGGAUGGUAUGGAUUUAGACUCAAGGAGAAACUGAAAAGUACGAAGAAAGCUUUAAAAGAAUGGAGUAGAAAUUCAAUGACGGAGGUGGACAGGAAAAUAAUGGAAGCUGAGAGAGUGAUAGCUCAACUGGACGAAAGAGGAAAGAAUGUCCAAUUGUCAUCAACUAAAAUUGAAAAGAGGAGAAGCAGUUUUCUUGAACUGUGGAACAACCUCAAAUUAAAAGAGAAUAUGGAAGAUGGAGAAAACGAAAUCAACAACAUCCAGAUUAAUGGUGAGCAGCAUAGGGGAGUGGGUGAAAUUAAAGAAAAAAUAGCGAGUUAUUUCAAGCAGCUUUUCACAGAAGAUAGGUGGCAGAGGCCCAAGCUAAACGGUAUCAGCUUCCGACAGAUUGAUAGGGCAGACAAUGAAUCCCUUACGGCAACAUUCUCUGAAGAAGAAAUCAAAAAUGCUGUUUGGGAUUGUGAAUCGUCAAAGUCUCUAGAAAACCCCCAAAGGAUUGAAGAAUACAGGCCCAUUUCACUUAUUGGAGUUAUGUACAAGAUAAUUGUGAAGCUGUUAGCAAAUCGCCUUCGAAAAGUGCUGGACAAAGUUAUCGGGGAGCAACAAAUGGCAUUCAUUGAAGGUAGACAGCUGGUUGAUGGUGUGGUUAUUGCUAAUGAAGUGAUUGAUGAGGCAAAGAGGAAAAAGAAGAGAAGCUUCCUUUUCAAGGUCGAUUUUGAAAAAGCAUACGAUAAAGUGUGCUGGGACUUCCUUGACUAUAUGCUGAUGAGGAUGGGCUUCUGCAAUACAUGGAGAAAGUGGAUACAUGAGUGUCUACAAUCUAGCAUGGUCUCAGUUCUGGUCAAUGGAAGCCCUUCAAGACAAUUUCCAGGAGAAAGGAAAAAAAUUAAUUGGGUCAAUUGGAAGAAGGUUUGCAUGCCGAAAGAGUACGGUGGGUUGGGAGUGAGAGAUCUAGGGUACUUUAACUUGUCAUUGAUGGGUAAAUGGUGGGGGAGGUUAGCAGUAAAAGAGGAAGGAUUGUGGAGGAAAGUGAUUGCAAGUAAAUAUAGUGAGGGAGGGGGGCACUGGAUGGAUUGGGUUAGGAACGGGGCAGGAGCUAGCUCUUCUUGGUGGAGAGAUGUCAAAGGGAUUAAUAAAGUUGAGGGGGAAAAUUCAGGGUGGUUAACAGAGGGUUUUAGAUUGAAGUUAGGAGAAGGGAAGGACGUGAGCUUUUGGUGGGAUGAGUGGAAAGGAGAAAGAGUGCUACCAAAUGGGAACUAUGUGCAAUGGAACUUGGAAAUGGAAUCUUACAUGGAGAAGGAAGCUGCUCGAAAGGGAAGAAGAGGCUGCAACGGAACUCAGUACGUUGAUUGAGGGUGUGAAGAUAUUUCCUGGCCGGCCUGAUGAAUGGGAGUGGAUACACAGCAAGGAUUCCCAUUACUCAACCACAACAACAUACUCACUCUUAACAAAGGUGCCGAGGUGUU